UGUGACGUAUUCUCUUCCCAGCUGGACAGGACAGAGGUGAUCAAGAGCAACCUGCACCCGGUCUUUGCCAAGGUCUUCACUCUGGACUACUACUUUGAGGAGGUGCAGAAGCUACGGUUUGAGGUGUACGACAUCCACGGCACACACAGCAUCGGGACCCGCGACGAUGACUUCCUCGGAGGGGUGGAAUGCACUCUUGGUCAGAUUGUGGCCCACAAGAAGAUGGUGAAGCCUUUGUUCUUGAAAUAUGGGAAAUACGCCGGAAAAUCCACCAUCACUGUGCACGCUGAAGAAAUCUCUGGCAACAAUGGAUAUGUUGAGCUUUUCUUCUGUGCCAAGAAAUUAGAUGAUAAGGAUCUCUUCAGCAAGUCGGACCCAUUUUUGGAGAUAUAUCGGAUCAACGACGACGGCACAGAACAGCUUGUUCACAGAACGGAGGUGAUCAAAAACAACCUGAAUCCAGUGUGGGAACCCUUUAAAGUGUCCCUCAUCUCCCUGUGCAGCUGUGACGAAGACAGGAAGCUCAAGUGUCUAGUCUGGGACUACGACUCCAGAGGUAAACAUGAUUUUAUCGGCGAGUUCUAUGCCACCUUCCGAGAUAUGCAGAAAAUUGGCGGUGGAAACAAGGUAACAUGGGAUUGCAUAAAUCCGAAGUACAAACUCAAGAAGAAGAAUUACAAAAACUCGGGCGUGGUUAUCCUCAGUGAUCUCAAGCUUCACAGAGUGUAUUCCUUCCUGGACUACAUCAUGGGAGGAUGCCAGAUCCACUUCACAGUGGCCAUUGACUUCACAGCCUCCAAUGGAGACCCCAGGAACAGCUGUUCCCUGCAUUACAUCAACCCUUACCAGCCAAACGAGUACCUGAAGGCUCUGAUUGCUGUCGGGGAGAUCUGUCAGGACUAUGACAGUGACAAAAGAUUUUCUGCCUUGGGAUUUGGUGCCAGAAUUCCACCUAAUUAUGAGGUGUCUCAUGACUUUGCCAUCAAUUUCAACCCAGAGGACGAUGAAUGUGAAGAGAUCCAGGGGGUAGUGGAGGCCUAUCAGAACUGUCUUCCUAAGAUCCAGUUGUAUGGGCCCACCAACGUGUCCCCCAUCAUCAACAGGAUAGCCAAGCUGUCCGCGGGGGAGGAGACCAUCAAAGACGCCUCCCGCUACCACAUCCUGCUAAUCCUCACGGACGGCGUGGUGACGGACAUGGCGGACACGCGCGAGGCCAUCGUGCGCGCCUCCUACCAGCCCCUGUCCAUCAUUAUCGUCGGCGUCGGCAACGCCGAUUUCACGGACAUGCAGAUCCUGGAUGGGGAUGACGGAGUCCUUCGCUCGCCCAAAGGAGAGCCGGUCCUCAGGGAUAUUGUACAGUUUGUGCCCUUCAGAGAUUUCAAAACGGCCUCGCCUGCUGCCCUGGCAAAGUGUGUCCUGGCCGAGGUGCCCAAACAGGUGGUGGAGUACUACAGCCACAAGGCCAUCUCCCCUAUGUCCCCCCCCAGGGAUUCCCCCACCUCCAUCGCCAGCAGCCCCACAGAAUAACCGUCCACACACCCUGGGGAGCGAGGCCUGUCCACAACCGAGACCAGCAGACAGAGGGUGGCUGGCUGAGUUCUGAACAUGAACAUUGAUCAUUGAUACUCGUGUUCUCAUUACUUUUAUCUCUGUUAUUCGGAUCAUUUAGAUUGUUUACACACGGACUGAGAACUUGCACCGUGGGAUUGGCGUUCAUUAUUGUGUCUCAGUUGAGAUCAUGUCUCUCUGCCUGGCUAUGCUUCAUCCGGAUGUUGAGCAUGAGAACUGUGGGCUGGUCUGCUCUGGUCUUCAUCCUGCUGUUUGGGGAUGCAUGCAGGCGAAUUCCCCAGAGUUCACACACUGUAACAGCAUCACAGACUUCUUGUUCCUCAAACCCCCUUGAAAGAGACUCCUCUGCCUUUCAAAACUGUCCAAGACUUCAGCCUGUUUCCCUGAUUUCUCUGCAUCUCUUUCCCUCCCCUCUGUCAGUUUCAGUCUCCUGCCUCUGGUUGCUGGAAUGGUUUGAAAAUCCUGCCA